AUGCUGAUGAGGGAAUGCCGUUCCGAUUCCUUCCGAUUCCUGUUAACUAAUUACAAUCUCACUGACGCCGAAAUUUACGAGAUCAAUCAGCUCAACAAAGAAGCAGAGGAAAGCUGGACACAUGAAGAGGUGCAAAUGGUGGUUCUAUCCAUACUUCUGCUGGUGGUUAUAUUCACAUUUAUUGCUGUAGCAGGAAUGGACUGUUUCGUGCGAAGGUGUAGCAGAUGUCUUGGACCGUUCAUAGUGACCACUAAUAAAAGAGAGUCUCCACCUCCCUAUACACCGCCGUCGGCAUACACCAAAUCUAUAACGCAUAUCGACCACGACCCUCCUCAGUACAACACUACUCACGUCACUCAUGUCACUAUUAGUUAA